AUGAAAGGCACCGAAGAAGAACUCCCUGACUACAACGAAAGUGAUGCUGAACAAGAGGAAGCCAAAGGACCCAAAACUCGAGUGAAAAAGAGUGGGUUUUCAGGCAUCCAUUCAGCUGGCUUUUCAGAGUUCCUCCUCAAAGAAGAACUUAUCAACGCCAUUCACGAAUGCGGCUUUGAACACCCUAGUGAAGUUCAGCAAGAAGCCCUACCACAAGCUAUGAACGGCUGCGACAUUAUUUGCCAAGCCAAAAGUGGGAUGGGAAAGACCGCGGUCUUUGUGUUGGCGGUCCUACAUCAGCUGGAAACCCCUGUAGAGCCGGUCAGUGUGUUGGUACUUGCACAUGUGCGUGAACUUGCUUUUCAGAUUAAGCGCGAGUUUGACAGGUUUUCUAUUUCCCCUCCAGGAAUUUUUGAGUUUUUUUUAAAGAUCUUGUAUUUAAAUUUCUAUAUAUUUAAAAAAAUAUCCAAUUAAAAAUGUAAUUUAUUUAUUAUUUUAGAAUCUAAAAAAAAUUUUUAGAGAUUUUAUUAUAUUUAUAAUAAUAGUUUUUUGCUCGUUAAUAAGGGGGAUCUUUUCCUCAAAAAAUCAUUUAAAUGGCUUUGCUCAAUCAUGAAGGGGGAGUAAGAGACUUGAUGGUGUCAGAACUGAAGUCUUCUAUGGAGGUGUUCCACUGAGUGAGCAAGUUGCAGCUUUAAAAAACCCACCUGCCAUUAUUGUCGGCACUCCAGGGCGUAUUUUAGCUCUUGCACGCAAGGGGACUUUGAAAUUAGACAAAAUUAGGUAUAUCUUUUCUAUAUAAAUAAACCCAGAUAACAGCCAAUUCCCCAAUUCAUAUAUCUAUGCUAUAUAUUUUUUUCCUAUAAAUAUAACAUUUUUUACAUUAAAUAAUCAAAUUCCCAAUAUACCUGAAAUUUAUUAUUUCAUUAUGGACGAGUGUGACAAAAUGCUAGAAAAGCUUGACAUGAGAAGCGACGUCCAGCACAUCUUCCGCAUGACUCCUCACGAAAAACAAGUCAUGAUGUUUAGCGCCACAAUGAACAAAGAAAUCCGCAACGUUUUCAGAAAAUUCGCCCAAAACCAAGUCGAAAUUUUCAUUGACGACGAGACCAAGCUGACUUUACAUGGCUUACAGCAGUAUUAUGUCAGACUCAGCGAAAACGAGAAAAACAGAAGGCUCAUUGACUUGUUAGACGCACUUCAGUUCAACCAGGUCGUCAUUUUUGUGAAAAGUGUCAGCAGAGCUAUUGAGCUUAACAAGAUUUUGGUAGAAUCCAGCUUCCCAAGUACAGCUAUACAUGCAGGACUGAAUCAAGAAGAAAGGUGAGUUUCUAUUCUAUUUUUUAUGAAUAUUUUAUUAAAAAAACAAUAUUUUUUAUAGUUAUUUAAAUUUAUAUAGAAAAAUAUAGCUAGAAUCAACCGUUUCAAGGCAUUUAAAGACUUCAACAAGAGAGUUAUGGUGGCUACAGACGUCUUUGGAAGAGGAAUUGAUAUAGAAAGAGUCAACAUUGUGGUCAACUAUGACAUGCCGCAGAGAGAAGAAAAGACUGAUGCCAGAGAAAACAAUGCGUCGAAUACUUAUUUGCAUAGAGUAAAUGUUAUUGUAGGUCGGUAGAGCCGGCAGAUUUGGUACUAAAGGAUUGGCGAUAUCCUUUAUUUCAAGCGAUGAAGACACUCAAGUGCUAAACGAGAUACAAGAGAGAUUCGAGAUUGCAAUUAACGAGCUCCCAGCAACAAUCAACAUUUCUAGCUACAGUAUUUUUAACUUCAGUGAACACUUAA